AUGCGAACCAUUACCAGCUUCUUCAAGCGUCCGUCUUUCGCAGCAACAUCCCGCGAUGCGCGUGCUGAGACCCAAGCCGACGACCCCGCGCCAGCUCCUGAGUCGUCCCCGCUCACCGAACUAUCGUCAUCCCUCCACUCGAACGACUCCUCUCCGCAACGUCCGAAGGGCCAACGCUCUCAGCUGAAUGCGCCGCUCUCAUCGCAACCCAUCGGCGAUACAACCGGGAAUCAGGAGCUGCAGCACAGCUUCUUCAGCACCGAUGAUCCCUCGCCCGGAACGAGUUUCAGCUCACACCGCGUGGUAAAGAAGGGGAAGGAGGUCGUCAUCAGCUCCGAUGGCGAGGAUACGGACUCGAUAAGCUCGCUUGAGGCCCCGGAGGAUAUAUUUACGAAAUUCAUCAAACCGGGGGCCUCUGCGAGCAAAAGAUCAACGGACAGCGAUUCACCCGGGCCAGGAAUGAACCUGCGUGGCCGCGGUUCGACAAGAUCCAGAGGAUCGAUUCGCCUGUCACAAACGCUUCCAAAAUACAGACACACGCUUGAUUCACUUGUUGUCAAGACAGUUGAUGACAAUGAAACCGAAGCGAGCAUCGCAAAGCUGAAAGCGGCCUUUGAAAAAGAAGCUUUACGGGAGGCCGAGAAGAAGAAUGCUCUGGCACAUGGUUCGAACUUGAAGAGCACGCGGUUACACGAAGGUGUCCUGGCUUCGGCUUUAGGUGAUGAUGAUGACGAACUGGGGCUACAACGACUGCUUGAUGCGGUUCGGAGAACAGAGGCCCUUGACCUGGAGAAGACUUGGCACUUCUUUGACAAUGAGAGCGAGUUGCCUCCCGCACUAGACUUCCCGACGACUUCCAUCAAGCCGGGAACCCAACUAUUCGGACUGCGAGAGACCCAUUCGAGAGAGCGCGCAUUCCAUUCUGGGAUUGUCGAUGUCGCCUUAGCAAGGUCAAUGUUACCAGAUGCCCUGAUUUCAUGGGUUUUCCAUUCCGUGCCUUCGGAGUCUCAGGACAGCAUCAGACAGGCCUAUUGCAGAGCUGUGAAAAAUACGCCCGCCGAACGUAUAAAGACACUCAUUACCCCAGCGGACAUAGAUCAGAUCUUUCACCGGUUAGGAGCUACUCCGAGGGCACUUUCCAUUUCUGAGGAGGUCAUCCCAGAUGCAGAAGUUACAAAGAGUCGGGUAGAAACGGGCUCGCCGCGGGAAGGGGCCUUGCUAGCCGUCCUUGACCUACUUUCUGGGGCAGCGGAUUCGUUUGCAGAGAAUACACGAGAACGCGUGUUAAAUUAUCUGUUCCGUCUAACGCUCGAUGCAUCCCUGACCAGCAAUGCUCGGAUAUGUUCGGAACUGGAGCAAGCUAUACUCUCCGUGCUUGGGAACGUCCAUGAGGAUACGGUGGAUGACCUGGUACACCGCGUUUGCAUGUCCGCCUACGACACAAUCAAAGAUGCAACGCUUCAAAGCCGUCUCCUCAAGCACAUCCUACCGGUCUCGGACUGGAUCGCCGUAGUACGGUGUCGCCUUGCAUUGUCUUUCCUAACCCAUAGUCCCUUGCCACUCAGCGACAGUCUAGAGAAAGUCUUCAACUUGAAGCGAAUAACCAGCAUCCUGAAAGGCCAACGCUUCGAAGUGAAGCGAUACAAGAGAAAAGGCGAGAACAACUACGAUUACGAGGAACUCGGAUCCAUCACCGCGCUUCUGAACAUCGUAAUCGACUCCGGACGUUUUGAAGCGACGUUCCCCGACAAAGCCGCCGAGCGAGAAUUCAACGCCGACGUCGACGCCUUGUCGGAUCGGCUGAAGAAGAUAUUCACUUCCAUCGAGGAUUCGGGCGCAUCGCACCUCAAACGAACAUUGACAAAGGAGGCCCUGGAGUCUCUGCACUACCGUGUUAUCUAUUCCGUCCGAACAAAACCUCGUCCCAAGCAGUCGAUCUACGGGGAGAUUAUCCCUCGGAAAGAGAAAAAAGAAGUCUUUUCUGGUUGGAAAACUAAGCCUAAACAAGACCAAGAUACCGAAAUGCCUAUCCGACAACAUGACCAAUAA